UGCUAUAGAAGUAGAAGUGGCAAAUUUAAUUUAUUGACUCCUUCCCAUUCUGGACAUUGCAGUGUUGCUAAACGAUGUGAAACUGUGAAUACAAUGGCGUCACUUCUUUGGUGGAUAGUUGGAUUUUAUUGGAUAGUCUCUGGUGGUGAUAUUCUUUUACAGAAUGCUCCAAGUCUAUACUGGUUGGCAGUUGUAUUUUUGGCAUUCGAUGUAUUCUUUGCCGUCUUUUGUGUUGCUUUGGCAUGUCUGAUAGGAGUUGCUCUUUGUUGCUGCUUGCCUUGCAUAAUUGCAGUACUCUAUGCAGUGGGCCAGGAAGGUGCGUCAGAAGCAGACCUCAAAGUUCUCCCCAAGUAUAGAUUCCAUAUCUGCAAGGAUGAGGAGAAACCAAGUGUAGGAGCUGGUAAGAUGGUACCAAUUGAGACGAGCAGUGGAUACUUGGCCAAUGAGCGUAUUCUUUUACCUGAGGAUGCAGAAUGUUGUAUAUGUCUUAGCUUGUACGAGGAUGAGACGGAACUCCAUGCUCUCCCCUGUAAUCAUCAUUUCCACUCCACCUGCAUAGUUAAAUGGCUUAAGAUGAACGCGACAUGUCCACUGUGCAAGUACAACAUCCUGAAGGGGAACGAACAAGUUUAG